AUGCCAAUUGUUACAUUAAAUCCGGCAAGUAAAGAGGCAGGCAUUGGCGACACUGUGUUUGUUACAUGUACUGCAACUGGUAAUCCAUCACCAUCCUCAGUUCAAUGGUAUUUUAAUGGUGUUACCAUGGUACCAGAUACGAGGUAUGUUGUGUCGUCCUCUUCAUCAACAUCAUCUUUGACCAUAUAUGGCCUACAACGAAAUGACUUUUAUCGGAGUAUUACGUGUCGAGCUACGAAUAGCAUUGGAACACGAACUGUGUAUUUUUCACUGACAUCGGAACCAACAACAACAAUACCUACAACAACUGUUGACGAUUCAAUUCCAUUGGAUGGGUAUCCUACUUGUACAAGCACAGGAGUAAAUGCAUACCCGGCAGCAAAUAGAGAAGGCAAUUACGUGACUAUCACAUGUGAGUCACGUGGCGGUGAGCCUCCAUCUCAACUACAAUGGUCACGUGACUACCAGGAUGUGAAUGACAAUUACUAUACGGAUAUCUACAACAAAAGAUGGACCAGUACCUAUAGUUUAACAUUAGACAAAGAUGACAAUGGAAUCACUUUCACUUGUACGGAAACUCAUCCUAGACUUUACUUUCCGAGAACAUGCACAAUUGGGCCAAUAAAUGUACAGUAUAUGCCAAUUGUUACAUUAAAUCCGGCAAGUAAAGAAGCAGGUAUUGGCGACACUGUGUUUUCUACAUGUACUGCAACUGGUAACCCAUUACCGUCUUCAGUUGAAUGGUAUUUUAAUGGUGCUACCAUGGUACCAGAUACCAGAUAUGUUGUGUCCUCAUCUGCAUCAACAUCAUCUUUGACCAUAUAUGGUCUACAAAGAAAUGACUUUGACAAGAGUAUCACGUGUCGAGCUACAAAUACCAUUGGAACACGAACUGUGUACUUUUCACUGACAUCGGAACCAACAACAACAAUACCUACAACAACUGUUGAUGAUUCAAUUCCAUUGGAUGGGUAUCCUACUUGUACAAGCACAGGAGUAAAUGCAUACCCGGCAGCAAAUAGAGAAGGUAAUUACGUGACUAUCACAUGUGAUUCACGUGGCGGAGAGCCUCCAUCUCAACUACAGUGGUCACGUGACGACCAGGAUGUGAAUGACAAUUAUUAUACCGAUAUCUACAACAAAAGAUGGACUAGUACCUAUAGUUUAACUUUAGACAAAGAUGACAAUGGAAUCACUUUCACUUGUACGGAAACUCAUCCUAGACUUUACUUUCCGAGAACAUGCACAAUUGGGCCAAUAAAUGUACAGUAUAUGCCAAUUGUUACAUUAAAUCCGGCAAGUAAAGAAGCAGGUAUUGGCGACACUGUGUUUUCUACAUGUACUGCAACUGGUAACCCACUACCCUCUUCAGUUCAAUGGUAUUUUAAUGGUGUUACCAUGGUACCAGAUACGAGGUAUGUUGUGUCGUCCUCUUCAUCAACAUCAUCUUUGACCAUAUAUGGCCUACAACGAAAUGACUUUUAUCGGAGUAUUACGUGUCGAGCUACGAAUAGCAUUGGAACACGAACUGUGUAUUUUUCACUGACAUCGGAACCAACAACAACAAUACCUACAACAACUGUUGACGAUUCAAUUCCAUUGGAUGGGUAUCCUACUUGUACAAGCACAGGAGUAAAUGCAUACCCGGCAGCAAAUAGAGAAGGUAAUUACGUGACUAUCACAUGUGAGUCACGUGGCGGUGAGCCUCCAUCUCAACUACAAUGGUCACGUGACUACCAGGAUGUGAAUGACAAUUACUAUACGGAUAUCUACAACAAAAGAUGGACCAGUACCUAUAGUUUAACAUUAGACAAAGAUGACAAUGGAAUCACUUUCACUUGUACGGAAACUCAUCCUAGACUUUACUUUCCGAGAACAUGCACAAUUGGGCCAAUAAAUGUACAGUAUAUGCCAAUUGUUACAUUAAAUCCGGCAAGUAAAGAGGCAGGCAUUGGUGACACUGUGUUUUCUACAUGUACUGCAACUGGUAACCCACUACCCUCUUCAGUUGAAUGGUAUUUUAAUGGUGCUACCAUGGUACCAGAUACCAGAUAUGUUGUGUCCUCAUCUGCAUCAACAUCAUCUUUGACCAUAUAUGGUCUACAAAGAAAUGACUUUGACAAGAGUAUCACGUGUCGAGCUACAAAUACCAUUGGAACACGAACUGUGUACUUUUCACUGACAUCGGAACCAACAACAACAAUACCUACAACAACUGUUGAUGAUUCAAUUCCAUUGGAUGGGUAUCCUACUUGUACAAGCACAGGAGUAAAUGCAUACCCGGCAGCAAAUAGAGAAGGUAAUUACGUGACUAUCACAUGUGAUUCACGUGGCGGAGAGCCUCCAUCUCAACUACAAUGGUCACGUGACGACCAGGAUGUGAAUGACAAUUAUUAUACCGAUAUCUACAACAAAAGAUGGACUAGUACCUAUAGUUUAACAUUAGACAAAGAUGACAAUGGAAUCACUUUCACUUGUACGGAAACUCAUCCUAGACUUUACUUUCCGAGAACAUGCACAAUUGGGCCAAUAAAUGUACAGUAUAUGCCAAUUGUUACAUUAAAUCCGGCAAGUAAAGAGGCAGGCAUUGGUGACACUGUGUUUUCUACAUGUACUGCAACUGGUAACCCAGCACCAUCCUCAGUUCAAUGGUAUUUUAAUGGUGUUACCAUGGUACCAGAUACGAGGUAUGUUGUGUCGUCCUCUUCAUCAACAUCAUCUUUGACCAUAUAUGGCCUACAACGAAAUGACUUUUAUUGGAGUAUUACGUGUCGAGCUACGAAUAGCAUUGGAACACGAACUGUGUAUUUUUCACUGACAUCGGAACCAACAACAACAAUACCUACAACAACUGUUGAUGAUUCAAUUCCAUUGGAUGGGUAUCCUACUUGUACAAGCACAGGAGUAAAUGCAUACCCGGCAGCAAAUAGAGAAGGUAAUUACGUGACUAUCACAUGUGAGUCACGUGGCGGAGAGCCUCCAUCUCAACUACAAUGGUCACGUGACGACCAGGAUGUGAAUGACAAUUAUUAUACCGAUAUCUACAACAAAAGAUGGACUAGUACCUAUAGUUUAACAUUAGACAAAGAUGACAAUGGAAUCACUUUCACUUGUACGGAAACACAUCCUAGACUUUACUUUCCGAGAACAUGCACAAUUGGGCCAAUAAAUGUACAGUAUAUGCCAAUUGUUACAUUAAAUCCGGCAAGUAAAGAAGCAGGCAUUGGCGACACUGUGUUUGUUACAUGUACUGCAACUGGUAACCCAUUACCCUCUUCAGUUCAAUGGUAUUUUAAUGGUGUUACCAUGGUACCAGAAACGAGGUAUGUUGUGUCCUCAUCUGCAUCAACAUCAUCUUUGACCAUAUAUGGUCUACAAAGAAAUGACUUUGACCAGAGUAUCACGUGUCGAGCUACAAAUAGCAUUGGAACACGAACUGUGUAUUUUUCACUGACAUCGGAACCAACAACAACAAUACCUACAACAACUGUUGACGAUUCAAUUCCAUUGGAUGGGUAUCCGACUUGUACAAGCACAGGAGUAAAUGCAUACCCGGCAGCAAAUAGAGAAGGUAAUUACGUGACAAUCACAUGUGAGUCACGUGGCGGUGAGCCUCCAUCUCAACUACAAUGGUCACGUGACUACCAGGAUGUGAAUGACAAUUACUAUACGGAUAUCUACAACAAAAGAUGGACCAGUACCUAUAGUUUAACAUUAGACAAAGAUGACAAUGGAAUCACUUUCACUUGUACGGAAACUCAUCCUAGACUUUACUUUCCGAGAACAUGCACAAUUGGGCCAAUAAAUGUACAGUAUAUGCCAAUUGUUACAUUAAAUCCGGCAAGUAAAGAAGCAGGUAUUGGCGACACUGUGUUUUCUACAUGUACUGCAACUGGUAACCCACUACCCUCUUCAGUUGAAUGGUAUUUUAAUGGUGCUACCAUGGUACCAGAUACCAGAUAUGUUGUGUCCUCAUCUGCAUCAACAUCAUCUUUGACCAUAUAUGGUCUACAAAGAAAUGACUUUGACCAGAGUAUCACGUGUCGAGCUACAAAUACCAUUGGAACACGAACUGUGUACUUUUCACUGACAUCGGAACCAACAACAACAAUACCUACAACAACUGUUGAUGAUUCAAUUCCAUUGGAUGGGUAUCCUACUUGUACAAGCACAGGAGUAAAUGCAUACCCGGCAGCAAAUAGAGAAGGUAAUUACGUGACUAUCACAUGUGAUUCACGUGGCGGAGAGCCUCCAUCUCAACUACAAUGGUCACGUGACGACCAGGAUGUGAAUGACAAUUAUUAUACCGAUAUCUACAACAAAAGAUGGACUAGUACCUAUAGUUUAACAUUAGACAAAGAUGAAAAUGGAAUCACUUUCACUUGUACGGAAACUCAUCCUAGACUUUACUUUCCGAGAACAUGCACAAUUGGGCCAAUAAAUGUACAGUAUAUGCCAAUUGUUACAUUAAAUCCGGCAAGUAAAGAGGCAGGUAUUGGCGACACUGUGUUUGUUACAUGUACUGCAACUGGUAACCCAUCACCAUUCUCAGUUCAAUGGUAUUUUAAUGGUGUUACCAUGGUACCAGAUACGAGGUAUGUUGUGUCCUCAUCUGCAUCAACAUCAUCUUUGACCAUAUAUGGUCUACAAAGAAAUGACUUUGACCAGAGUAUCACGUGUCGAGCUACAAAUAGCAUUGGAACACGAACUGUGUAUUUUUCACUGACAUCGGAACCAACAACAACAAUACCUACAACAACUGUUGACGAUUCAAUUCCAUUGGAUGGGUAUCCGACUUGUACAAGCACAGGAGUAAAUGCAUACCCGGCAGCAAAUAGAGAAGGUAAUUACGUGACAAUCACAUGUGAGUCACGUGGCGGUGAGCCUCCAUCUCAACUACAAUGGUCACGUGACUACCAGGAUGUGAAUGACAAUUAUUAUACGGAUACCUACAACAAAAGAUGGACUAGUACCUAUAGUUUAACAUUAGACAAAGAUGACAAUGGAAUCACUUUCACUUGUACGGAAACUCAUCCUAGACUUUACUUUCCGAGAACAUGCACAAUUGGGCCAAUUAAUGUACAGUAUAUGCCAAUUGUUACAUUAAAUCCGGCAAGUAAAGAGGCAGGUAUUGGCGACACUGUGUUUUCUACAUGUACUGCAACUGGUAACCCAUUACCCUCUUCAGUUGAAUGGUAUUUUAAUGGUGCUACCAUGGUACCAGAUACCAGAUAUGUUGUGUCCUCAUCUGCAUCAACAUCAUCUUUGACCAUAUAUGGUCUACAAAGAAAUGACUUUGACCAGAGUAUCACGUGUCGAGCUACAAAUAGCAUUGGAACACGAACUGUGUAUUUUUCACUGACAUCGGAACCAACAACAACAAUACCUACAACAACUGUUGAUGAUUCAAUUCCAUUGGAUGGGUAUCCUACUUGUACAAGCACAGGAGUAAAUGCAUACCCGGCAGCAAAUAGAGAAGGUAAUUACGUGACUAUCACAUGUGAGUCACGUGGCGGAGAGCCUCCAUCUCAACUACAAUGGUCACGUGACGACCAGGAUGUGAAUGACAAUUAUUAUACCGAUAUCUUCAACAAAAGAUGGACUAGUACCUAUAGUUUAACAUUAGACAAAGAUGACAAUGGAAUCACUUUCAGUUGUACGGAAACACAUCCUAGACUUUACUUUCCGAGAACAUGCACAAUUGGGCCAAUAAAUGUACAGUAUAUGCCAAUUGUUACAUUAAAUCCGGCAAGUAAAGAGGCAGGCAUUGGCGACACUGUGUUUUCUACAUGUACUGCAACUGGUAAUCCAGCACCAUCCUCAGUUCAAUGGUAUUUUAAUGGUGUUACCAUGGUACCAGAUACGAGGUAUGUUGUGUCCUCAUCUGCAUCAACAUCAUCUUUGACCAUAUAUGGCCUACAACGAAAUGACUUUUAUCGGAGUAUCACGUGUCGAGCUACGAAUAGCAUUGGAACACGAACUGAGUAUUUUUCACUAACAUCAGAACCAACAUCAACAAUACCUACAACAACUGUUGAUGAUUCAAUUCCAUUGGAUGGGUAUCCUACUUGUACAAGCACAGGAGUAAAUGCAUACCCGGCAGCAAAUAGAGAAGGUAAUUACGUGACUAUCACAUGUGAGUCACGUGGCGGAGAGCCUCCAUCUCAACUACAAUGGUCACAUGACUACCAGGAUGUGAAUGACUAUUAUUAUACGGAUACCUACAACAAAAGAUGGACUAGUACCUAUAGUUUAACUUUAGACAAAGAUGACAAUGGAAUCACUUUCACUUGUACGGAAACUCAUCCUAGACUUUACUUUCCGAGAACAUGCACAAUUGGGCCAAUUAAUGUACAGUAUAUGCCAAUUGUUACAUUAAAUCCGACA